AUGCGAUCAGCCGCAGAGCUCGAAACCAUCUUGUCUGAGUUGGCGUUGGGACUCAAGCGGUGUUGGGCCGCCAACACAGCGCUCCUUACGUCGAAGGUUGGGGCCCACGACGCGGAGGGGGCAAGAACGCGCGUGGUGAACGAGGUGCUGUCAGCUGUGAGGGGGGCCUGCGAGGCGUGCGUGAGGCAGGAGAAGGAAGAGAGGGACACUAUCCUGGCAAACAUCCAGCAGGCCAAGGAUGACAUCAUCGAGCUCAGCCGUAACCUGGGCAUUCCCACCCCCGGCGAGGGGGAGCCGACAGAGACGUUCUUCUACUGCAACCAAGUGCUGGACACCCACUUCGACCGGCUGGUGAACCUGGAAACGACGCUGGACAGCUUGAGGACACAACAAGGGGACCGUGGACGGGCCGUCGAAAGCAUCGUCAAGGAGAUGGAGACCAUCAACGAGAACAUGGACCGAAAACCGGAGGACGGGGAGUUCGAGGAGUCCGGAGGGCCGGAGUGGGCCGGGAAGGAGGGGUGGGAGCUCUCGGAGGAGCGGCUGGAGACGCUCAGGGGACGCCUGGCGACGCUCCGCGUGCUGAAGCUGGAGAGGGCGGCCGAGAUGAUCGGCCUUGUGGUGGACUGUCAGAAGCUCUUCAGGGAGCUCGGGCCGCCGGUGGAGAACCCCCUACAGAACAAGAUGUUGAUGUCGUUGGAUCCGUCCUGCCCGGUGGACAAGCCGGCUCUUAGGACGGAGGCACAGACGCAGACGAGCGUCGGGCUGAGCGUGUUCAACGUGCACAGGCUCAAGAAGCUUCGGGAGGACAUGCGGGAGGAUCGCGAGCUGCACACGCAGCGGAAGAAGGAACACAGGCUACAGAUUGAGAGCCUGUGGGAGAAGCUGAGCGUGCCAGAGCGGACCCGCCAGGAGCACCUGGCUGCAACGAAGGGGAUAACGCACUCCGACAUGGAUGAGCUGGAGUCGGAGCUGGCUCGGCUGAGGAAGCUCAAGGCCGAAAAGCUUACGGACAUGCUUAAGGCCGCGAGGGAGGAGAUCUCGGAUUUGCUAGAGGUCGUUGGCGCGAAAGCGGAAGAGGUGCUCGGAGAGAGUGCCCGAGAUUUGCACGUGCCGCAGGGCCUGUGGACGGAAGACCUGCUCGAGGGGCACGAGCAAUUCGUCAAGGACCUCAGGGCUAUGGGUGACCGGGCGGCUCCCAUCGUGGAGAAGGUCAAGAAGCGCGAAGAGCUCGUGCAGAAACGGGAGCUCGCGGACUCGUUCAAGUUGAACUAUCGCGCCAGGGGCGGCUCGGGAGUUCUCUCACAGGCCAAGGUGAUCGAUGGCAUCAACAAGGACCUCAAGAAGCUGCCUAACCUGACUACUCUCUUGAGGAGGGAGCUUGGCGCCUGGCAGAACGAGGAAGGGUUCCCGUUCCGGUUCAACGGGCGAGAGUACCUCAAGACAAUCGAGGAGUCCGACAUGCAGUGGCAGCACCGCAAGGAGACCCGCAAGGAAACCAGCCGGCGGGAGAGAAACGCCCCCGGCGGCGGGGGCGGCGGCGGCGGAGGCCCGUCCUCCCCCAAUCGCGCCGCGCUCCACAACGGCGUGUUCCACAGCACCGGCAGCAUGGCGUUCGGCAGCGGCGUCCCGGCGUCACCGUCCCUGCACCGCCAGACCAGCAGCCGCAGCGGGGGCGCCGGGAGCAGCUCGGGUGGGGGGGGUGGGGGCUCCGUGAUCGGGUCCCCUUCGCCGCGAAAGAAGGGCGGCGGCGGAGGCGGCGGCGGAGGCGGUAGCAGCGGGUGGGGUAGCGGACAGCUGAACGUUUCGACACCCGGGAGAGCCGCGAUGGGGCGGACCGGAAGCGCCAGCAGUAGCAGCAGCGCGGUUAGCGCCGGUGGGGGGCCAAUGGUAGAUUCUCGCGGGACGGGGGUGGCGGCGGGGGGGGGCCAAGGGGGAGGGGAGGGCGCGAGGGCGGCGGUGGGGGGCGGCGGCGGGGGACCCGGGGCUGGGGGCGGGGGGGAGGGGGGCAAGGACCCGGCCGCGAAGUCGCUCCCGAGCACGCCCCAGAAGGAGGCGCGAAACCCCCUGCUCAUGACGUCGUUCACGCCGUCGCCUACCUUCAAGGGAUCGAAGGUGGCGCGCAUGGCAGCCACCUUCGCCUCCACAGGGGGCUCGCACCGUUUGCCGCCGCCGCCUCUCCCAGCGCGACCGGUCUCUGUGGAGCGAGCUGCGCCUGCCUUGUUGGCGAAGCUGCAGUCCAGCCCCGACCUGGCCCGAGGGGCGGGGAGUGGUAGUCCCGGAGGGGCGAUGCCGCCGCCGUUGCCGGACAGGCCUUCGAACGCCGCUUUCGAGAAGGCGGACUUGCACGCCAUCCGCGAGUCCAACGCGAGCAGUCUGAGGUCUUCAGCGUCCGCGUCGGACGUGCUCAGCGGCGGCAGACGCACGGAGACCUCCACGCGUUGACGGCGCCAAGAGCGGCGGUGAUGGGUGAGGGCGCGUAGUCCGUGCGUCAUCGCCAAAAUGGUUCACGGAGCCCCCCCCCCCCUCUCCCCUCCCCGCGCGCGCGCAUGCUUCCACCCUGGCUGUUCCUAAUUCUGCAAUUUUUCUUUCAUUGACUCGUAUCUAGGUUUCGCGAGUAGCUGUUAUUGGCGGCGUCCUGGUGCGGGUGUUGUUGUUGUUGGUAUUGUUGUUGUUGUUGUUGUUACUGGGGUUCUUUGGCUUGCUGUCUGCGUGCGGUGUUGGCGCGGUUGCGGCCAUGUUAUCUCCCAAGGGUUAUGCCAUGGUUUCCAAUGGUCUGUGAACGCAGGGUGGGAAGUGGAGCAUGAACUUUUGCCCCCCAAAAUGUGAAUAGGGGCAGCGGUGCAAGAAGACGUGUGUGGGUGGCACGCGCCCUACGUGCUUGUCCUUGCCACUCGUGCACACGAAGGAUGCACGUCGUGCUGCCUUUUGACAAUUAUCAGUACCGGUAGGGGGGGGGGGGGGGGGGCACCGGGUAGGAGACCUCCGCUGCUGGGACUCUUGUUGUAAAAUAUGUUUGUAGAGGCUCUGCUCUUCUCGUGCGUCUGCCGUUAGUGCUGCGAUAGAUGACGUUCGUUGAUUAGAGGGCAAGGUGUUUGUGUACCCUAGAGUUCCCCUGGUAAAAGUGCGUGUGUCCUUUGUGUGUCCUCGCGUUGGAAGCCAGGGGUGCUGCCUGGGACGUUGUGUUCUCCCUGUGGCUGUCCUAGCUUUGCUCUCCCGUCGGCUAUUGCUUGUACACUGGAAGUGGGUUGUUUGCGGCGUUUCACGUUGGCGCGGUGCUUACUUCGCUGGAACACGGUAGUAAAGCGGCACGCGCGCGUUACGUUCAGCAGGGGACGGGGAGACAAGAGUCGUUUGUUUCUCGGAGCUUUCGUUCCGUUUUAAUUGUCACUUUUCCGCGGUUGUCGUGCGCGGGACAUACGUUGCCUUCGUACGUGUGUCCUGUUCCCCUUUAAUUUUUUGUCCGCACGUUUUGUCUAGACACGUUGUUCGAGAAGUCGUUGGCCUUCACAAAUUGGUCUGGUUUUGUUUUUGGCGCAUCCCCCCCACGCGUACCCCUUCCCCCGCGGUCAUGUCCGAAGCACCACGUGUACCUGGAUAGGCGUUGCUUUUGGUUUUGGAGGGCGGAAUCGCGAUCUUUUGAGCUUAGUUUCGACUCUCUUAUGUUUUUCGCCAAAAAUAAGCAGUCUUAUGCUCAAGUUUUAUACCAUUCGAAAAUGCGACAAGGAUGUCUAUAGAACGCCGGGAUGGUUGUUGUCACUUGUU